AGGGAAGCAGGUUGGAAGCAAGGCCAUGUCGUUCAAGAUGAGGUUUCAGAAGCAGACUGCGCACCUGCAUGAAGCAGACGAACUCAUCCACUCCCUCACUGCUAUGAGGGCGAUGAUUCCCUGCCGUGACUCCUUGAAGCAAGACCCGUCUGUCAGGUCCAUGCUCGACAUGGCUACCCUCUCGACGGCAGUCACGCGAACCAUCACGCCGAUACCAGUGGACAAGAUGGUGGUGAGGACCCUGGGGGCCCGAGACGCCUGCCAUGAGUUUGUCGUUGAGUUCAGCAAGAAGUUCCACGAGACGUUCUUGGAGGUCGAAGUCUCCUCCUUGAACAACGUCUACGAGGCCCUUGACUUCUACGUGAGGAAGGGGGAGGCAGCGAGCCCCACCAUGUUCGACAUCGGCUCAGCCAAGAAGAACUGCAUUCACAUCAGGCCGGGCCGGAGCAAGUUCGGGUACGGCAGGUACUACAUCGCCGUCGCAUCCAACGGGCAGACGACGAGGUACAGCAUCACGUGCCGGCAGUUGUACUUCCGGCCAGACCUGUUGACCCCGCAUGAGAAGGCAGCAAGGACCAUGAUCAACGCCGAGUUGAAGUCGCGCAUCCACCAGGCGGAGAGGAGGAGGGCGUACAGCAGGAACGGCUACACGGAAGCGCUCGACAGGAGGAAGUAUCUUCAGGAGACGUUCAGUGGCGGCAAGGAGACGCCAAGCAUGGAGCGAUACUCCAAGUGGAUGAGCGACGUCUGGGAGCCCUUCACUUUCCAGUCGCGCAGUGUCACAGUCAAGGAUGACAUGUUCAACCCCAUCAAGCUGCGACAGGUCCUGUCGGAGAUUCAUCGCUGUAAAACCUACAAGGAGGGAGAGCUGGAGGGAGUCUACGAAGGGAGCACGCCGGACGAAGCGUGCAAGGAGUAUCUGCAGUCGUACCUGUCCGCCUCGAUCCCUGGGAAACGAGACGUGACAAUGUUCUACUCAGAGUCAAGCCAGAGCAAGGUCAGAGGCCGCAAGUCACCCGUCGAGAAGAACAGAUACGAGCUGAUGCCGGUCGACCGGAGGAUCCUGAGGCUGCUCGCGACGGGCUCUCUUCCGAGCGGGCCUCUUUAUGUCCUCUUAGCCGACGCCGUCGACUUCCGCACGCACUCAUGGGAGCACAAGUACCUGCGGGUGAACCAGCACGGGACGGUCCAAGUCUAUGACGACAAGGACGAUCUCAACUUCAGGGAACUCUUCAAUCUCCAGGAAAUCUCAUCAGCAGAGGAGAUAGUGCUCGACGAGCAGCCCUCGAACUUUCUCAGCUGCAGGGUCGUCACGUCCAAGGACACCGUCAUGCUCGCUGCCACCAAGUUCGAGGACUUUGACAAGUGGGUCAGAGCCUUCCGCAUGUUCGUCAAAUAUGAAAGUCCGCGGACUAGUCCCACCCCGAUCUCCUCCCCCAAGGAAGGCUCAUCGCCUCGAUUGAAGGCCAGCUACCGCUCGCAGCUGCUCGAGCUGGAGAGGGCUGAUCGCCUCGACGAUAAGCGGAGGCCGCUGUCGGCUCAGAGCUGGGGGAACUCCCUGCGGAGUUUCAAGUCUGCACAAUCCUCCAGACGCUCUCUUAUAUGAGCUGAUGCAUACAGAGUACUCAAGACUCUCGAGACAACAGUAUACAAGAGUUUGAGUAGCAACUCGUUGUAAAGUACACUAUGAAUGCUCCUGUGUCUUG